AUGGAUGUUGAAGACAACAACGGAAGCAUACUCACGGAAGAUGACCUCUGGUCAGCACCCAUGGAGCAAUGCCACAAAGAGCUCGUCAUCAAGCACCUUCGGCGCCUCCACAGGAUCAUCAGCGAGCACGACGAAUCCUCGAUCGGCCAGUACACGCACAAGCAAGCUGCUCGCGAACAGCUUGCCAGGGUAACGCUGAUCAUCCGCGACUACAUGCGCAUCCCUUACACCGACAACAUGGAGAGCAUGGUCGCCGAUGUGGUGGAUGGAAGCUACUAUGUCGAAGGCACGCAGGAUACGUACAACCAGCCCAUCUUUGUGAACUCUGCGCUCUUUAGUAGGGAGCAAGAGCUUGCGGUGAUGAUUCAGGAACAGUCUGCUGAGAGUGUUGAUGAUGUGAUUGAGCUGUGGAAUGUUAUUCCGGAGAAGUCGAAUAAGGUGCUGCCAGAUAGCUGUCCAAGGGCAGAUAUCGGCUGUGAUAUUGACUGGAACGAGGUCUUAUGCAAGUCGAGGUCCGAGUCUAAUCUGUUGCACCACUUCGGACACCUUCAGAUCGAGGAUAUCGACGAGUGGAAGAAGGAUCUUCAUACCAGAAAGCUGGAGGAGCUUGAUCUGCAUUGGCCGCCAGUCUUCAAAGACCCAAAGCCGAACGUUGGAUGGCAGCGCGAAAGGAGCAAUACAUCAUCGAUGCCGGCUUCCAGAGCGGAGUCGAAGGCGCGAGAAGCGGCGAUGGCAUCGACACCAUCCAGUCUGCACCGAAGACCAACGUUCGGCUCGCCGACUCCUUUAAGCCCGUUUCGCAGUCGCGCAGUAUCCCGGGCUUCUUUCAACAGAGGAGAGAAUCUCUUCUCGAUCGCAGAGAGCGAGCUUCACGAUCGUUUUGCUCAAUUGAAGUCUCGCUCGCCGGUCAUCCGAGGUCGUGCGGCCUGGCGACUGUCUCCAGAACUGCAGACAGAUGACUGUGACGAUCCGGAGUUUGCGGUAGAUUAA